CCAUUGCAAUUUUGGAUUACGGUCACAUGUCGAGCGCUGUGCGAAACGCGAGCAGGUUUCGAACAUCAAGGUUUAUUUACACAUCAUCUGGAGAAUGCUGCGCUGGUCAUACCACGGAAGGUAAACCAACGGGGAGAGCUAAUAUCGCACCAGUUAACACAUAAUCAUCAUCAUCAUCGACGUGGACGUGAAGAUCAAAAUAAAGCACGACAGAUUGAACGCGGUGUUUUCGACGAAGAGAACAGUGAUGAUGAAGUACCUCAUCAUCGUCGUAUACGACGCAGUCCUGGGAUCAACGGUGACACAGAAGAUGGAACAUUACACUAUCAUGUCGACGUCGAGGAUCAGACGUUGCAUUUGGAACUGGAACCAUCAACGGAAUCGUUCGUAGCGCCUUUAAUGGUAGUGGAGCGCCACCGGCGAGACCUACGCACCCGAGCACGUCCCAAGAAGCACAUCAACAGCUGUCACUACCAAGGACACAUCCGAGGUCAUGAGCACUCCCGAGUGGCCCUGUCCGCCUGCAAUGGGCUGACCGGUUUUCUGCGGACCAACAAGACGGAAUAUUGGAUAGAGCCGUCGAAGAAUCAUUCUCCGUCGGACAAGUUCGGGCAUCCCCAUGUUCUAUUCAAACGUGCUGACGUUAAAGAGGUCAGAGAUAUUCGUGCGAAGCCAACCAAGAAAAAGAAGAAGAAACGGAAGCGUCGCCACGCGAGUAACUGCGGCACUAAGGAACCCCGCCGGGUAACGGAAACCCGCCUGGAGUGGCAACACCAAGGAAAGGUGAUUGUACAGGGCGGACGGAAAAGUCGUGACCUGCCGACGACCAUGGCUGUCAGUCCAGUGACCGGAUCCAAGAAGCGUAUCAAGCGAUCGAUCAGCACUCCACGACACGUGGAAGCAUUGGUCGUGGCCGAUCACUCGAUGGCACAGUUCCACCAGGACGCCGAUCUUCAACAGUAUUUACUCACGAUCAUGAACAUGGUUUCGUCCCUCUACCGGGAUCCAACCAUCGGCAACUCAAUCCAGGUGACAGUUGUGCGAAUAAUAAUUCUUGAAGAGGAGGAAUCGCACGCGGAUUUCAACGUGACGCACAUCGCCGCCAAUACGUUGGAAAAUUUCUGCAGGUGGCAGCGAAGCUUGAACCCAAAAGACGAGAACGAUCCCCAUCAUCAUGACGUGGCGAUUUUGGUCACACGGAAGAAUAUCUGCUCGACGCACGGCUGUUCCACCCUGGGCGUCGCCAACGUGGGCGGUAUGUGUCGUCCGGACAAGUCAUGCAGCGUCAACGAAGACAACGGGAUAACCCUGGCUCACACGAUUUCCCACGAGCUCGGCCACAACUUUGGGAUGUACCACGAUACGGCGAAAACGGGCUGCGAUCACCGAAUAGGGCCAAUAUUGCACAUCAUGACUCCCAGCUUCGAGGCUGAUACCAUGCAGGUUUCCUGGUCUAACUGCAGUCGACGGGAUAUCACGCAUUUCUUGGAUCUCGGUCUCGGUAAAUGCCUUGAAGACGCCCCCAGUCAGCAGGAAACGUACAGCUACCCGGACCUCCCGCCCGGUGCCAUGUACAAUGCCGAUUUCCAGUGUCGCCUGCAGUUCAACUCGACGGACGAGGAGAUGACCGUUUGCUCCAAACUGGACGAAAUCUGCGUACAGCUGUGGUGCUUGGUGGACGACGUCUGCAUGACCAUGAUGCGACCUGCUGCCCCUGGGACUCACUGCGGCAAACGGAAGUGGUGCCAAAACCAACAGUGUGUAGACGUUGAGGAUCCACCGCCACCGGUAGAUGGAGGCUGGGGUGAGUGGAAUACUUGGAGCGAGUGCUCUCGAGAGUGCGGAGGUGGAGUUGCCAAACAAACACGCGAAUGCGAUCAUCCUUCGCCUGCAAACGGUGGAUUGUUUUGCAUAGGCGAGCGUGCCCGGUACAAAACCUGUAAUACCGAUCCAUGUCCGAAAGAAGUCCCAUCGUUCCGGGCACAACAAUGCUCAGAGCACGAUAACGACACCGUCAAAGGCGAAAAGUACACCUGGCUGCCGUACUUUGAUAGAAACGAACCAUGCGAACUGUACUGCACCAAUUCGGAGGAUACCAUCAUUGUUCCAUUUGGGGACACGGCAGCGGACGGGACGCCAUGCAACGUAGGGACCAACGACAUGUGCAUCGGCGGUAUCUGUCGUAGGAUUGGCUGCGAUUGGGUAGUUGAUUCCAACACUACUGAAGAUCAGUGUGGAGUGUGCGGUGGCAAUGGAGACAGUUGCACGGUCAUUCGAGGAAAUUUCACCAAGAAGGUCAACAUGAGUGAAGGAUACUACGAAGUGCUACAAAUACCGACGGGAGCAAGAAACAUUCUGGUGGAAGAGAUAAACCCAUCGAAGAACUUUAUCGGGGUCGGUCGUGUCAACAGUAAAGAGUAUUACCUGAACGGAAACCGAUUUAUCCAGCUACCAGGCGAGUAUGAAAUGGCCGGCAGCCUCGGACUGUACGAGCGAGAAGACGAACUGGAACGGGUCAAGAUUCCGGGACCGAUCACCGAUGAUAUUACCAUAUCGGUGAUCAUGAAGAAGAAAAACAACCACGCCGGAAUUCGUUACGAGUAUACGCUGUCGUCGAACGCUACUAGAAGCCAUUCGCCGUAUUACUGGAAGCUGACCGAUUGGAGCCUAUGUUCGGUGACCUGUGGCGGAGGCAAGCAACAUCGAGAUUCUAUAUGCUAUCACCGUGGGGAAGGUAUGGUGGACGACAGCUUCUGUGAACAGAACGCUCAUAACAAACGUCACGAGCGAGUAUCACGUGAUUGCAACGAAGAUCCUUGCCCUGCAAACUGGUGGGUUGGUCCAUGGCAGUUGUGCUCGGUGACGUGUCGUAAACCGGGUGAACCCGGAGCUGUACGCAAGCGAUCCAUACUGUGCGUCGAUUCAAGUAUGAAUGCUUUGCCGGAUAGUCGAUGCGAAGGGAAAAGUCGUCCUGCUGAUAGCGACCUCUGUCCUGGACGGCUUCCGCUUUGUAAGGGGCUGAUCGACAGCCAGAUUCUGGUGGAAGAUAUCCCACCGGAGUUUGAAGAGAAUAACGUCAUCUGAAAUCGACGAGUGCCAAGUGCAAAAUGCUGUUUAACAGUUUGUAUUAUGUUAUAUUAACAUUUUAUCCAUUUACGUAGACGAAAAGCAAUAGGUUAUUCAGAAGCUGUGUUUUAUGUCACUCAGAACGUACUUACAAUCAUAUGUGAACAAUAAAAGUAUUAUUUUUACAUUCAUCGCAAUCGUGCAUUCUCGUCUCGAAAUGACCGGGUUGCCAGUACAAAGCUAUUUUUAAACAAAACGGAAGAUUUCAAAGUGCAAAAUCCAAGCAAUCAGCAACGACUCGAUUCGUGAAGAAUUAAAACAAAUCGUUAAGUCUACUAUAUUUACUCUGUAUUUAAAUCGUAUUGCUUUAAGAAUAGGUUGUAGAAAUAGCAAGCAUCGUGCAGAACCUAAUUGGUAGUGUUAACAUGUACUUGUUUUAUUAAUAAUCAUAAAAUAAUCUGGAAAGAUGGAAAAGUGCGCAAGAGCAGAACAGAGAAUGAUACUAAACGAUUUUUCGUUAUCCAGAA